CUUCAACUGACUGGGUGAGGACUCUUCUCUCAUUGAGGAAGCACACUCAGCCUCCUGCUCUCCCAUCCAGGACGCUGACCUCCAGGUGACUCAGCCAUGAGGACCCUCGCCCUCCUUGUUGCCAUUCUCCUGCUGACCCUCCCGGCCCAAGGGGAGCCACUCAGAGAAAGUGCUGAUGAGGUUCCAGCCGAGGAGGACCCUGAGGCACAGGACCAGGAUGUGGACAUUUCCUUUGCAGAAGACGGAAUCUCAACUCGAGAGGCCUCAGGCCCACGGAGGACAGUCACCUGUUAUUGCAGAACUGGAUGCUGUGCUCUCAGUGAGCGUCAUUCUGGGUCCUGUUUUCUCGGUGGCAAACGUCAACGCUUUUGCUGUUGAGCUUUGUGAAUUGAGAUGCAAAGCAG